GCUGGCCGGCCAAGCUUUUAAUCUUUCUGCUCGGAAUUGGUCGUGGGAAAGGAGCUUCUUCCGUGUCCUCCGCUUGCUGGGACCCUCGGCGCUGGUUCCCUGCAUGUGGAUUCUGUUUCCUUUUGAACACGAGAACAAGCAGAAGAUCAGAAUGAUGCUCACACGUUCCGGCUGAGCAUCACGCUUGGGAUCUACAAGGCGAGGCUCCUUCAAAGCCUGACACCAAAAGGGGAAUCCACUGAAGACCCUCUGUGCUGAGCAGAUUUGGGGAAAUUGGUCUUUCCAAGUGCCGGGCAAGAUGGCCGCCACCAAAGUGCCCAUCUACCUGAAGCGAGGGAGCCGGCGCGGGAAAAAGGAGAAACUGCGCGACAUUCUCUCUUCCGAGAUGAUUAGCCCUCCCCUGGGGGAUUUCCGGCACACCAUCCACAUCGGGACUCAGGGGGAGAGCGACAUGUUUGGAGACAUUUCUUUCCUUCAAGGCAAGUUCCACCUCCUGCCCGGAUCAGAGAAGCUGGACGCCGACGGGAAGAGACGCUACGUGGUGCCCUUCGAGUUCUCGCGGACGUCGACGAUCUCGGGAUACGAGCCUCUCGCGCUGGACAUCCCUUCGCCGCUGCUCAAGAACGCCAUCUCUCUCCCGAUCAUCGGCGGCCUGCAGGCGCUGACCUUGCCUUCCGCCCAGGCCCCGCCCAAGCCGCCCCGUCUUCACUUGGACGACAGAGACCAUGCUGCGCCACUGACGGAGGUCCAGGCUCAACAUCUGGCCAACAACGGUUGGACUUCGGAAGCCCCCGAGGAGUCCAAGCCCCCUGCCCCUCUGAACGGCUUUGCCGAAGGGGAGAGAAGAGACGAGCCCUUCUUAUCCCACGCCGGGUCCCUGCUCUCCCUUCACGUAGAUUUGGGGCCCUCCAUUUUGGACGACGUUCUGGGAGUGAUGGAGAAGCACCAGACUUUGGAGGUGGAUGGGCAGGACUCCGUCAGGCCGGAGAUUCUGACAUGAGCUGUGCCUGCUGAAAGGACUCCUCAAACAAGGCAAUUUGUAGAAGAGGGGUGGUGUUGCUGUUGUUAUUUGGGCUUUGUGAAGUGGAAGUUGAGGAUAGGUGUGUGCAUCUGAGGAGGGGUGCAACUUUGGAACGGUACGCUUGCUCCCGACCUCUCCGUUAACUUAACUUGGAUGCAACCGCCUUCUGCUGAACAGCUUUCUUGCCCUCCUCCAGCAUUGGUGUGCUGGAAGAGGAGAAGGAGGAGGAAGAGGAGCAUGGGAGAUGUAAUUCCACCAGGCCUGGAAACGUGUUCCUUCUUGAUCACUGAGGGGUGCAACUCUGAAUGGUGUGCUUACUCCGAGGCUUUCCAUUUGAUGCUUCACGGAUGACAACGCCUGAUGUUGAGGCUUCCACCCUUGGCAACGACCUUCGGCUAAACCGCUUUCUUGCCCUGCUGGAGGAGGAGGAGGAGGAGCAUGGGAGAUGUAGUCUGUCGUUCCACCAGGCCUGGGAACACGUUCCUACACUACCUAAACUUGCACCACAAAUUUAUAAUUAUUGACAUAUCGCCCUUUACGAAAGGAAGGCGGACCAGGGUCAACAAAAUUGGAGCAGCCAAUAGUUGUGUUGAUUGUACUUUUCUUUUGUGCAACGGGGUAGGUGGGAAUGAGGUUACUAUUGGCUCAGUUGCCAUGGGUUGUUAAUCUGCCUUGGAAACACCCCUGGCAAAAGAGCGGGUGUGACGUACCAAGAGGCCGUCUGUGCGUUGCAAUGCAAACAAAAAGUCAGAAUCGGGCUAAAUUUCAGUUGUUUUGAUACGAAUGAAGUGCCACAUCGCUCAUUGGGGCAGAGGAAGGCUCGGGUUUCACAAUGCACAAAGCCCCAAAAAAUGUAGCUUGCACAAUUUCUGGCUGCACAACUUCCAAAAGGAUGCCUAACAGAUGCUCCCAAUUUUCCAAGCCGUCCCCUCGCGUCUGCCAAAUUGUGAUUUUUGACGGGAAGCGAUGUAAUCCUUGGCAGAGCUGCAACCUUCACCGUAUGUCUAAAUUUAAGGAUAAGCUGAUCGUGGCCUCUUUGUGCCAAGACCAGAUUUUUGAACCUUUUUUGUUGAAAUUGGGGGUGAUUUUUUUUUGCACCCCAGGUCAGGAAAAACACCACUUCUCCGGAUACGGACGAGAUGACACUAAAAGGAACCGUUUUGGGAUGUUCCUGUUUUCUGUUUAUUUUCUCGUGUCUUUUAUUUUCUCCGCUCCAUACAGCUUUGUUAACAGGUUUAUCUUACGUCUGCCUCCAUGCCCAGGCUAGCCUAGAAAGAUUUGUGGAGCGUGUUUUUGGAGAGAAGCAGAAAUAAUCCCUCCUUCAACUAACAAAGGGACGCUUUGUCCCUUAGUGGGUGUCUUCACACUCCUUUUUAUCCUGUCCAUCUGUUGUUGUGAAAGCUGUUUUCGCCGGGAGAUCACACAUCUAUCUCCUUUGCAUAAGGCUGCCGGUCCUUGCAGAGUUGCAGAGAGGCUGUGUUGAUAUUUGAAUCCUGCUAUCUCGAGCCCAGGAAACUGCUGUGUCUAACGGCUUGAAAAUAAUUCAGCAGGGCCUCUUAAAUCGGACCAGAGAUUUAUUGUGAUCUUCCUGAGGUGCCUAAUCCAGGCUUUCGAACAUUGCCCAACAACGGCGUCUGCAAACUUCGCUUUAAAACCCAAAACUCUCGUCAUUUGGAAAGGACAAGCUGCUCUGUAUCCAUGUUUCAAAAUUUAUUUGAGGGAGAGAAAAAAGAAGCAUUGGUGGUUUUAAUGUUCCCAAUUAAUUUCUGGGCACCCUCUUUUGUUUUUCAGCCCCUGCUGUUUCCCUGGGGCAGCUGGCUUAUUGUUCAGUUGGGGAGAAAGAGGAUAAAAAGCAGAAACGGUUGUGUGUUGCUAACAGUCAGGCGUCUGUAGUUUUCCCCUCUUCGUUUUCACAAAGGAAGACACGCCGUCCUGGAUGGGACCGGUUUCACUGUCCCCGUUUUUUAGUUUUAUAAACAAUUAGCAAAAGAGGAGUUUCACAAAUCUGUCUUCUGCUUAAGCCAGGGGCGGCUUUAGAUCAGUUUAGCUUCUGUUUGAGUCUGAAUGAAUUACGGUUUGUUUAAUCAUGGAUGAGCCGCAAUUAGUGGCAAGUGUCACAUCUUAAUUUUGCAAUUUGCAACGGUUUGUACCACCCAGAGCCAACAUCGGCUGCAGUUUAGCAUGGCGCGUGAAGGCAAUCCCUUCUUUCCAUCUUGCAUAAAAUAAUCUUGGAGGAAGGAAUUCCACCAAAGUUUUUCUCUGGGUCUCCUAAUUUUUUCUUUCGUUCAACGUCCCCCGAUGGACCAAACCAGGGUGGGGUUUUGCAACAUUUUUGUCCCCGGAGUACCAGGCAUUUAAAUUUAUGCACUGCAUUUCGAUGGUUGAAUAAAGUCCCUUAAUCGGGGUUUACUACGCGGAUCAAAAUCCGCUCUUCUAGUUUUGAAUUUUUGUUUUGUUGCCGGUCAAAUUGUCUUGUCUAUCUGAUGCCUUGAGUCUCCUUUCCCCGUGUGUCUCAUCAGCAUGAAUCCUUCUAUUAAUUAGAUUAUUAGAUAAUUAUUUUGGCAUUGCUUCAGGCCCCCCCCAGGAUGGUGAAAGGUUCCCUGGGUGGGGAGCUUCGUCACCUGCUGAUCAACGAGAGCUUUACCACAUCUGGUCACAGACAUUUUGUGAGUGUGCCCACAGGCAGGCUUUUCAAAUUACAAGCGUACCUUCUAGGUGUGUUUUGAGGGAUUUCACUCAUUUUAAUUUACUCCUCUCCACCUUAAAUCUUCACAGCCAAGACGCAGACCUGCCCAGUACGUGCCCAGUUCAAUUCCCAGCCCAGCCACAAGCAAAGCUGGGUGUCGCCACAUCUCUGCCUUUUGAAUUUUUUUUAUUAUUAUUAUUAUUUUGCAAAUUCCAGCAAAAUUGUUGGCGCGCCGUUGCCACAUCAUUGAAAGAAAAAGGAAAAAAAAAAAAGAAGCUUCUUGGACGCCAAAAUAGCCCCAGCAGCGAAAUGGCGUCUGCCUCCCCAGUUUUUCCAAGAAAGAGAAGUUGCUAAAGGCACAUUCUAAGUUGGUUUGCUGAACUGUGUAGAAGGAAUCUUGCUGGAUUUUUGUAAUGUUUGCAUCAAUUUAAAAAAUUGCAGAUGGUGGGUGUGCAAACUGGGUAUAAGAGGAAUGUAAUCAUACAAUCGCUGUUAUUCAUCAGUUCUUUAGACUCCUUUUUCCUUCUCUGCAAAGCGCACACAACUUUUCGUUUCACGCAGUCACACAACACUAAGCCCUCUGAUCACAUUUAAAGGGUGGGAGGGGCCUUGGAGACCAGCUGGUCCAAUGGUUCUUGAAGUUGGCAACUUUAAGCUACAUGGACUUCAAUUCCCAGACGUUUCCAGCUGGACUUCAGCUCCCAGAAUUCCUCAGCCAGUGGAAUUCUGGGAAUUGAAGUCCACCCAUCUGAACAUUUUUUUUAAUUUGGAGCAGCAUUGAUCUAGUCCAACUCCUGUUUAAGGUACAAGGGUUUGAAUUUAGCAUAGUCUGUGUGAACCCAACUGUUGUAGGUUGAAAAUCUUGGUUUAUGGUAUGGUUUUUUUUUCGCAAUAAACAAUAGUUAAAUUCUGGCUUAGCAUAUUUGUGUACAUAUUUAAAUUUAGUUUCAACUUUAGGAAUGGUGACUAUUCUAAUAGCUAUUAGGUAUGAUAGCUGUUGGUUUAUAAAACAGUUGGCCACUGUUUUUGCUGCUAGUACUAUGAAGUACGUUGUGCCGACAUGCCUUUCAUGAACUGUUGUUUUUUUUUUAAAUUUGAUUUAUAUCCUGCCAUUCUACUCCAUUAAGCACUAACAGAUCUUGUAAAAAAUUAAUAAAAGCAUAAAUUAAAAUGAAGUGGUAAAAUGA